GCAGAGUGCCGUAUUGCAGUUGGUGUUGUUGUGAGGAGCUGAACUAGCAGAAGGAUGUGGAUAUUCAAAUUCAAUAUUUUGGCAUUUUUAUUAUUUUUUGUGGGACAUUAUAACACCUUUGCUCUUCAGGAUGUAACGGUCGACCUUUUCGGUAACGAAAAUUACGGGACGGUUGCAGCGUUUGGAGAUUUUAACUCGGAUAAACAGACAGACAUCUUCAUUAUCAGAGAACAGUCUGAGCUGGUGAUAUUCUUGGCUGACUCAAAGACACCGUACUUCAAGCCCAAAGUCCAAAUCACUAAAGAUGUUUUGCCAAGGGGCACCAUCAUCACCAGUGUGGUUCCUGGAGACUAUGAUGGAGACUCUCAGAUGGAUGUCCUUCUUACAGCUACGAUCAAUGGCAAUACAGUAACGGAUGUUCUCGUCUUCUGGGGGAACAAUCAGACAUUAGAUAUAGGUGACAGGCUCAGGCUGAACAAGACCUUUACAGAUCAACCUCUUGUUAUGGAUUUCAAUGGCGACAUGAUCCCGGAUGUUUUUGGAGUCACCAACCAGAUGAACACUGAAGUCUGCUAUCUCACCAACAGGAUUCCAGUGUGGCGGAAUGGACUGAGUUCACCUGUCAACAUGCGCAUCCCUCACUCUAACGCCUUCAUUGAUCUCAACAAGGACUUCACUGCUGAUUUAUUCCUGACAACCGAAAGCCCAGCAUUUGAGACCUGGAUCAGCAAGGACGGGAACUUCACCAAAGCUGAAGUGAUGCCACCAGAGCCACCUGCCAGCUUAAUCGGACAGUCCUCCUUUGUCGACUUUGAUGGUGAUGGCUACCAGGACCACCUCCUCCCCGUGUGUUUGGAUAGCCAGUGUCUACGCAGUGCCAUCUACCUGGCCAAGUCAGGCUCAAAAGAGUGGGUGUCAGUGCUGCCAGAUUUCCAGCGGAGGGAAACAGUUUGGACCUUUGUGCCAGGAAAACCCAGCCAACCCCUGGCCCUGCACCUUGGGGACUACAACCUGGACGGCUUCCCUGAUGCCCUGGUGGUCCUCCGCAACAGCAGUGGCAGUGGUCAGCAGGCCUUCCUGUUGGAGAACGUGCCCUGUAACAACGCCAGCUGCCACAGUGUGGGAAGAAUGUUCCGCAUCCACUGGGACCAGUCAGAUUUGGGAGCCAUCCAAAAUGCCACUAUGGCCACGUUCUUCGACAUCUACGAGGAUGGUAUAUUAGACAUGCUGGUUCUGAGCCAGGCAGGGAGCAGAAAUGACUUGAUCGUCCAUGCUUUAAAGAACAAUUUUGAAGCGGAUGCCUACUUCGUUAAAGUGAUGGUUCUCAGUGGCCUCUGCUCCAAUGACUGUCCAGAAGAAGUGAAGCCUUUUGGUGUUAACCAGCCAGGUCCCUAUGUCAUGUACACCACAGUGGACUCCAACGGCUACCUGAAAAACGCCUCUGCCGGUCAGUUGAGCCAGUCGGCUUACUUCUCCCUCCAGCUGCCCUACACUGUGCUGGGCCUCGGACGCAGCGCCAACUUCCUGGACCACCUUUUUGUUGGCAUCCCCCGGCAGCCUGGAGAGACGGACAUAAGGAAGCAGGAGUGGACGGCCAUCAUUCCCAACUCUCAGCUCAUUGUCAUCCCCUACCCGCACAACAAGCCGCGCAGUUGGAGUGCUAAACUGUACCUGACUCCUAGCAACAGCGUGUUGCUGACGGCCAUCGCGCUGAUCGGAGUGUGCGUCUUCAUUCUUGUCAUCAUUGGCAUCCUCCACUGGCAAGAGAAGAAAGCGGACGACCGAGAGAAGAGACAGGAAGCCCACCGUUUCCAUUUCGAUGCCAUGUGAAGGAAGAAAACUGCAUCAUCUCCUGCACUCCUCCGCCUGCCCUCCAAAACCCCCCCAACACACACACACACACACACACACACACACACACACACACACACACACACACACACACACACACACACACACACACACACACACACACACAUUUUCACACAGAUUCAUUUCAUGGGCCAAUAAAUGGAUCCUCAUUUGCACCAAAACGUUUCUUUUUGAUAUUUUUCAGUCCUCAAGUCAGAUGUAAAAUAUUUAUGUUCCAUUUCAUUUAUUCAUUCCAGUGUUAGAAGUACAGGAGCUGUAACACGGCCAUGGAGACAUAGAGAGAAAUCCUAAUGGAGAUCACUCACCAGUUUAAAGCAGGGAUUUCUUUGGACUGGCUGUCGUCAGCAGCAUGAUCAUCAGUGGUGUUAUUAGAGUAUUUUGACAAAAUGACAUAGAUUUGUGUGAAAACGCCCAACAAGUUCCUCCAUUAGUGUCGUUGUUUAUAUCAGUUCAUUGGGAGGGAAGCACCUUUGGCACCAGGUGUUGUCAUGUUACUUGAAAUCCAUGUGUGUGUGUGUGUUUCACUGUCUGUUCUCUUUGUCUGGUUAAUUCUCCUCAGCGUUUUUCAUUGUAAAGAAAUCCUUCAGACUUUAGUACCUGGGAAAUGAAACUGAAUUCAAUUCUGUGAUAUCAGUCUCAGCACGGCAACUGUGCAGCAGCAACUGGUGCAAAGUGGGAGGGAAAGACGGACACAUGAUUUUUCUGCUGCCAAUCUCACCAAAAAAUGAUGAAUGGCCUUCAGGUUUGCUGAGUACAAAUUCAACUUUUUCACACUCGACUGUAUCACAGUGCAUCAUGGGAGUCCCAAAAACAGGAGUUGCAUCCUGCAAAUGUCUAAUGCUACUGCAUCAAGGCUCUGCAAAGAAUCUUAAAACCAUUAACUCCAGCUUGUUUCGAGGUGUAGGUUUAAUUUUGGUUGUCUUUGUAAAGUUAAUCGGGCUCAGUGCUCUGGUGUGUUCAGAUAUUUAUUUCACAGGAAUAUGAGCUCAUGCCUUUCCAAGUGGUUUGCACUUUUUUUUUAAACUAAUGAUUAAUUGUGGCUGUAUGCAAUUUAUUUUUGUUUUGUGAAUUUGAUCUGCAAAUGAAUGUCGAAGCUACUAAAUGUGUUUACUUACUGAGGUUGAGAAUAAAGGUUUCUCCAGUUUAAAUCA